UUCAUAUCGUUAAAAUUAGCGAUGUCGUUAACAGCAUAGUUAACGACAAACUCAAUAAACCGUAUUCCAUUUUAUACAAAAUGCUUUAAAACUAACGAACAAAUCUUCAAUUUUGAAGGAGAAUACUUUAAUAUUAAGGCCGCCAAAAACAGUCGCUUUAAUAUCGUUAAAAGGUAUUGCUUUAAUGUUUGACAUUUUGAAAAGUCAAAAUGAAUGGACUACAGCUUUUAAAUGUAUUAUUUGUGGAAGAACUAGAGGAAUUAGAACGAAGAUGCAGAUUGAAUGUACAUAGACGUAGUAUUCGAGAUAGCUAUAAUCCUUUCGAUACUCCGGAUUACCAUUUUAAACAACUAUUUAGAUUUACCAAAGACAUGAUGAUACAGAUAAUAAAUGAAGUUAUACCUUUUAUGCAAAAUCGCAGAUAUACGUCAGCUGUACCCAAUGAACUAAAAAUAUUAACAACGAUAAGUUUUUUUGCUAGUGGUUCAUAUCAAAGAGUGAUUGGUCAAGAUUUUACUUUUGGUAUGAGUCAACCAAUGAUAAGUAGGUCAAUUGCAGAAGUUACUGAUGUAUUUGUUAACCACUUAUUACAUGAACACAUUAGAUUUCCACAAAAUAAUGAAGAAUUUGAGCGGAUAAAAGUUAGUUUCUUUGAAAAAUUUAAUAUGGGUGGUAUUAUUGGCACCAUAGAUGGAACGCAUAUUGCUAUUAAUGCCCCCUCAAGUCAAGAUGAAGAACAUCCUCCCGUUGUGUAUUACAAUAGGAAAGGAUUUUACAGUAUCAAUACACAAGUUAUUUGUGAUUCUGACAUGAAAAUAUUAUCAGCAAAUGCAAGAUUCCCUGGUGCAACACAUGAUUCGGCAAUAUGGGGCUCAUCUGUUAUUAGAAGAUAUGUGUCUAGUAAAUAUCAACAAGGUGUACGAAAUAUGUGGCUUUUAGGUGAUUCAGGAUAUCCUAUUGAACCCUGGUUAUUAACACCCAUCGAAGGUGCUGUACCAGGUACCGCAGAAUAUCGGUACACACGCCAUCAUGCCCGGAUAAGAAAUACAGUGGAACGUUGUAUUGGAAUUUUGAAAAUGAGAUUUAGAUGUUUAACUAAAGCCAGAUGUAUGCAUUAUCAUCCAAUUCGUGCAGGAAAAAUCAUCUAUUCAUGUAUGAUUCUUCACAAUUUUGCCGUGAGAUUUAAUUUACAACAGGAAGAAGAAAAUGACUACGAUGAAGACGAAAUCGAUAAUGAUAAUGCGCCUUUAAUCGAACAUCCUAUUCGAGGCAUAAAUGUGUUAGCUGAGGGCAGAAUGGUUCGAACACAAGUUGUUAGAAAUUAUUUUGGCAAUAUAUAAUUUAUUUCAACUUAUUUCAACAAAUGUUUAAAAGUUCUUAAUUUAACAAUUAUUAAACUUAUUAUUUAGUACUUUAGUCAAUUCUUGGACACUUUUGGAGAGUGUCCCAAUAGCC